GUUGUAGUCAGAUGACCUGGAUGGAGAGAUAGACCUGACGUCCUGUAUGCACGUCCAAGACUUUGACGUGGAGAAGAACUAUGGAUUCCAGAUACAUACAAAGAAAGUAGUGUUCACUCUGUCAGCCUCGACCUCCAGGAUCAGGAGGAAGUGGGUUAAUGUGCUGAGACGGACUAUCCAACCCAGACACUCUUCAGACAUCACACCACGGUCAGACAGUGAAAGAGAAAACUCUCAGCCUGUGUCGUCUCGCCAGCCUCCCUCUGUGCUCACCUGUGAAGACUCCGACCCUCAAACCACUAACUCCACCUCCAACCUUUGUCAAAUGGACUCUUUGGCCCCGGAUCUAGAUGACACCUCCCCCAACAUGUCAUCAGACAGUCAGAGAGAGGCAGGAGAGGGCUGGGACAGAGAGCAAGCCAAGCGAUUGGAGGAGAGGAACAGAUGGUUUGAGGGGGGGAUCCCCUUCAGAGAGAUGGGCAGCAGAUGGGACUCUCUGGAUCUGAAGAAAGCCGGCGUACCUGUACCUGUCACUCACACCAUGGACGUGGACGUCAACAAUAAGUGGGUGGAGUUCGAGAGUCUAACAUUCAGGGAGAUGAGCGCGCUGUCUCUGAUUGGUGCACAGACUAAUCAGACCAAUCAGAUGAUUCCUAAUCAGACGAUUCAGACGACCAGUGCAACGGCUCUACAGAGGGAGGCGCUAUCACUCAGGCAGCAGGUGGAGUGUCUGCGUAAGGAGCGUGUGGAGAUGGGGAUGAAGAUGGUCAGUCUGUGUGGUCCCUGGGCCCCCUGCGGCCAGCGUCUGGAGGCCAUGGAGGCGGCCAUGCCCAUCUGUGUGGGCAUGCCCACAAGCAUGUGUGUUAAACAUGUGUUCUUGGUUCUCUACAGGCCCCAGGCUGAUGCCCUCCACAGUGAGUUGGACGUUCUGUCAGAGAGAUAUUCCCAGAAGUGCCUGGAGCUGAACCGGGCCGAGCAGAGAGGAGGAGACAGAGAAACAGAGCUGAGCUGGAAGGACAGAGAGAUGGAACAGCUCCGCAGAGAGAACCAGGAACUGCAGGCUCGUCUGACUGAGGAGAUCAGCCGCAUGCGCCACUUCAUCACAGGUCAGAGGUCAGGAAACGUCUCCCCUGGCAACUUUGAGCGCAGUCCCUCGGAAUUGGAAAUGCUGCUACGAGCAAAGGAGAUUGAGGUCGAGUACCUACAAAAAGAGAUUGGCUGUCUAAGGAAUGAAGUGCAGUCUCUAACUAAGGAGAAGCAGAGUUUGUGUGACCGCUACAAGGAGGUGUACGUCGAGCUGAUUGGGAUGAAGGGUCACAGUGAGCUGGAGAUCAGGGACCUCAUGGAGCACCUCAGACUGACUAACGCAGCACUGCACGAGGGAAGAAGAGACACCUGAGACUGGCCAACGCAGUGCUGCAGGAAGAGAUCGAGUUGGUGGAUGGAUAGUUGGAUACCUGCUAUGAAGAGCCAAGAAGCCAUACAAUAGCACAAUGUUUGUUCUUCGUUAUGACAGGGACAACCACAAAAUAACACCAAAGAACAUACCCCAACAAACGUGUUGUUAUUUUUUAUUUCUUUUGACACACAGACUCUUUAUUGAGUAAAUAAUAAGACACAUGCAAGAGUGAAGUCUGACUGUGCGGUGACCUCGCAAUGAUAUCAAAUAAUAUGUAGUAAUCCGUGGCAAGGAGGUGAAAGUGGGACUAAAAGGGAGGAAAGAGAGAAAAAAG